AUGAGCUUCAUCAGCACUGUGUUCUGUGGACACUUGGGGAAAACGAAACUGGCCAGUGUGGCUCUGGCUAUUGCUGUGAGUUCACAAAAUAACUUAAUUAUAGUGGCAUUUAUUAAAACAUUAUUUAUUAAUGUGACCGGCAUCUCCAUCGGCUCUGGAUUGGCAUCUGCAUGCGAUACACUCAUCUCUCAGACGUUUGACAGUAAUAAUCUGAAGCGUGUGGGUGUGAUACUGCAGAGAGGGAUUCUCAUCCUUUUGUUGGCCUGUUUCCCCUGCUGGGCGCUGCUCAUCAACACAGAGCCCAUCCUGCUGGCUGUCCGACAGAGUCCCAGUGUGGCCAGGUUGCCACAACUCUAUGUAAAAAUAGUCAUGCCUGCUCUGCUUGCUGCCUUUAUGUAUCAGCUGCAGGGCUUGUAUCUUCAAAAUCAGAUAUCCUCCAUUUUGUUGAAUCUUUGUUCUUCAUCAUCCUCAUUUGCAGACUGGACUGGAAAAAAGCAACUCAAGAGGCUUUAA